CAAGACGUGAUGGCGCGAGGGCCGUGCCCGCCGUGCCGGGGGCCGAGGCCAGGCCAGAGCCCGCGCUCCCCUGCCGGGACGAGGACGAGGCCCCAGUGAUGGCGAUGUUCGAAAGACACCGGUUGGCGCCGCUGCCGUUGGCGCUGCUGCUGGUGCUCCUGCUCGGGUGCCAGCAUGUGCUCCAGGCGGCGGCGUCAGCCGACGACGAUGACGACGACAACGUUCUUCACAUCGGAGGGAUCUUCCCCAUACGGGGAGAAGGGGGUUGGCAGGGGGGUCAGGCUUGUGAACCCGCUGCCAACCUCGCCCUCGAAGAUGUGAACAACCGGCGCGACCUCCUGCCAGGCUUCAAACUCAAGCUGCACUGGAAUGACAGCGAGUGUGAGCCAGGCUUGGGCGCCUCCGUCAUGUACAACCUGGUGUACAACCAGCCCCAGAAGCUGCUGCUGCUGGCGGGCUGCUCCACCGUGUGCACCACGGUGGCGGAGGCGGCCAAGAUGUGGAACCUGGUGGUGCUCUGCUACGGCGCCAGCUCGCCCGCGCUGUCGGACCGUAACCGAUUCCCGACCCUGUUUCGGACGCACCCCUCGGCCACGGUGCACAACCCCACGCGCAUCAAGCUGAUGGAGAAGUUCGGCUGGUCGCGCGUCGCCAUCCUCCAGCAGGCCGAGGAGGUGUUCAUCUCGACGGUGGAGGACCUGGAGGCGCGCUGCAAGGUGGCGGGCAUCGAGAUCGUGACGCGCCAGAGCUUCCUCAGCGAGCCGACGGACGCGGUGCGCAACCUGCGCCGCCAAGACGCCCGCAUCAUCGUGGGGCUGUUCUACGUGGUGGCGGCGCGCCGCGUGCUGUGCGAGGUCUUCAAGCAGGGCCUGUACGGCAAGCAGUACGUCUGGUUCUUCAUCGGUUGGUACGAGGACAACUGGUUCGAGCAAAAUCUGGAGAGAGAGUCCAUCGACUGCACCGCGGAGCAGAUGCGAAUGGCGGCCGAGGGCCACCUCACCACCGAGGCCCUCAUGUGGAACCAGAACAAAGAGGAGACCACCAUUUCGAAAAUGACAUCCGAGGACUUCCGUCUGAGGCUCAACGAGGUGCUGAGCAAGAAGUACGACAUCGCGAACAAGCGGUACCCGGAGGGGUACCAGGAGGCACCUCUGGCCUACGACGCCGUGUGGUCGGUGGCGUUGGCCUUCAACAAGACCAUGAGCAAGCUGCUCAAGCACGGCAAGACCCUCAAGAACUUCACGUACACGAACAAGGAGAUCGCCGACGAGAUCUACAGCGCCAUGAACUCGACGCGCUUCCUGGGCGUGUCGGGCGGGGUGGCCUUCAGCUCGCAGGGCGACCGUAUCGCCCUCACGCAGAUCGAGCAGGUCAUCAACGGCUCCUACGUCAACCUCGGCUACUACGACACGCAGGCCGACAACCUCACCUGGGCCAACAAGGAGCGCUGGAUCGGCGGCAAGGUGCCCCGUCGUGACCGCACGUGUCCGGGGCCGUCCGGUGCUUUCCAACGGGUUCCCUGGGGCCGGGGCCAUGUUGCAAUGUGGAGCAUCUCGAGUCUGGGCAUCGUCGCCGCCAUCGGCCUCAUCAUCUUCAACAUCUGGUACCGCCACCGAAGGGUGAUUCAGUCGUCCCACCCGGUGUGCAACACCAUCAUGCUGGUGGGGGUCAUCACGUGCUUGUGGAGCGUGUUCCUGCUGGGGCUAGACGGCCAGUUCGUGUCCCCGGGUGUGUACCCGCUCGUGUGCCAGGCGCGCGUCUGGCUGCUGUCCAUCGGCUUCACGCUGGCGUACGGUGCCAUGUUCAGCAAGGUGUGGCGCGUGCACCGACUCACCACGCACAACAAGCCCGACACCAAGAAGGUGGAGCCCUGGAAGCUGUACACCAUGGUGACGGGGCUGCUGCUCAUCGACCUGGUGCUGCUCAUGACGUGGCAGCUAUACGACCCGCUGCAGCGCAGCAUCGAGGAGUUCCCGCUGGAGGAGCCCAACAACACCGACGACGACGUCAAGAUCCGGCCGCAGCUGGAGCACUGCGAGAGUGAGAAGCACACGGUGUGGCUGGGCGUCAUCUACGGCUACAAGGGCGUCGUGCUCGUGUUCGGCCUCUUCCUCGCCUACGAGACGCGCUCCAUCAAGGUCAAGCAGAUCAACGACUCGCGCUACGUGGGCAUGUCCAUCUACAACGUGGUGGUGCUGUGCCUCAUCACGGCCCCCGUCACGCUGGUCAUCGCGUCGCAGCAGGACGCCGUGUUCGCCUUCGUCGCGCUCGCCGUCAUCUUCUGCUGCUUCCUGUCCAUGGCGCUCAUCUUCGUGCCCAAGGUCAUCGAGGUCAUCCGCCACCCCAGCGACCACGCCGAGUCCAAGUACAACCCGGACAUUGGGUCCAAGGAGGACGAGGAGAAGUACCGCAAGAUCGUGCAGGAGAACUCGGAACUGCAGAGACUGAUCGCUGAGAAGGAGGACAAGAUCCGCGCGCUCAAGCAGAGGCUGCAGGAGCGUGAGGCGGGGCGGGGCGGCGGUGGUGGCGGCGGCGGGGGCGGCACGACGGAGGGACUGCUGCACACAGGUGCGGGCUACAAGGACAGCCUCAUCGUGGCCGACCUGAUCACGGACGCCGGCACCUCGGACUCGGCCUUCGGGGGCGGGCUCUCGGUGCACACCCGUUCCUCGCGCGCCUCCACGUCCGACUUGGAGUUUUCAGAGUCGUACCUGUAGGCCUGCAGGCCGCUUGUUGUUCCACAGAAGACAGAGGAGGCUUUUGUGGGACAACGAGCUGGCGUGGACUGCGUGGACGGCGUGGACUGCGGGGGGUUGGGGGUCUUUUCCUGUCGGUCGUGUUGGUCUAAGUUGGAUCCUGGUCCUGCCUGGGGCGGGCCGCGUCGCACAGUGUAACCGUAACUUAGCUGUAGAACCCACCACCCCACCCACCCACCCACCCCUUUUUCCAGCACAUUCCCCGUUCGAGUACUCGUUGCAACGUUUAACACUUUCCUUUUCCAAAUCGCAUUUUUAAGUAACAAUCGGAAUGUUCGUUCGCCUCUGCCAAAAAGUAACUCGCGUGGCCAAUAAGCAGCGCGGGCGCGGGCGUUGGAAGAAGCGCCAGCUUCCAUCGAUUUCAUUAUUUUGAUCAUUUUAAAGAACCGUGUAGAUGCAUAGAUGUCUGUAACCGCACCUUUUCGGUAGGGUUUACGAUUCCCGAGACGUCUGUGCUGGUACUCUGGUACAUUUUGAGGACCACACUGUCACACCCUGUCAGACUGAGACAAUCAUUGUGACGGUCGAGCAGGGCAGCCCGGGCAGCCGCGCUCGGCCCGACACACCUAGACUUACCUCAUUACCUCGUUGUGAAGAUGUGGAAUUGGAACCCCUUCAAACACACAGCCUUUGUAACGGAUAAUAACCCUAGACGUAACACAUUAGAACCGUAGAUAAUCUAUAUAUUUGCAUUUCCCUAUUUUGUGAGUGUGAGCAUGUAUUUUCCUAUAUCGAACCAAAACUUUCCGUUACUUGCGAUCAUUAAUUUUUCCCGAGACAUUCCCCAUUCCUGUCCCCGUUUCCCCAUUUAGACGUCUAGCUUUAUGUCAGUGUAUCGUGAGCCAGGAUCCACAUCGCUUCCAUCAGAACAUCGCAGGUCAUCUCAUCGUGAAAUUGCGAAUCCCUUAAGACUGCCUUCUUUUUCAUUGCUCAGCAAAACUCUGGAAAUAUAUCAAAAUCUGUUUGUGAUUUCUGUAUGAGUGUCUAGUGAUAAGCCGUUACAUUAUACUAAAUUUUUUGUUGAUUGUGCAGUAAAAUCUCGUUAUAACAAGUGACACGAAACAGCGAGUUCCUCAUUGGCUCAGUGACUGGACAGUGUGGGCGUCGCUUUCGUCCUUGCAGCUUCUCCCAAAUUUAUCGGUGAUUUUCAAAAUGAGACGCGGGUCACUUCUUUGUGUGCGUGACUGCGUGCCACUGUGGUUGUUCGGACGGGUUGCAGGCUCUUGGUUGUAACGAGAUUUUCCACUUUCGUCCGGUAAUCCGUCCACGAGUCCUCCCCAGUCGAUCCUCGACGCGGGUCUUGUGCAAAAUGGUUGGGAUUGUACUGUCGCAUCGUUUUGGAAUCUCAUAAAUUUGGGAGUUGCGUCACAUGAAAGCGAGUGCGCACAAUGGGCUGUGGACGUUGUGGACGGACCCCCGGAUGGGUGCCGGCUCGCUUCCUCCCCCUCCCCCUGCCCCGGCCGGGGACUGCGGAGUGGCGGCAGUGGCGGGCCUGCACCAUUAAAAACAUGGUUACGUUUGAAAGGCAGCUCGCAUGCCGCUGCGUUUCCAACUGUCGCUGUGAUUUUAACGGGGAUUUUGUUUCCACGCACAGAUUGAACCAUCAGGCCCAUCACUGGACAGCCACGAGCCAAGAGCCGACGGCCUGACGCCAGACGGCCACCCAGCGCUGGCGCGCGCCAUCCAGAGACUGAAAGAAAAGAUCAAUAAGAGGCCAAAGCUAACACGCGUUGCGUUUGGACAACAAGAGACUGCUACAAAGUAACCUAAAACGAGCGCCAAGUACAAAACAAUAAUGCAUGGCCAAGACUUUCCUUGUAAAGGAUUUUAGAGUGUUGGGACGGGUGACGCGGUGUGUUCUAAUGGUGCAGAAGGAAAUGUGAUUUGGUAGUCAUCCGAUCGAUUGGACACUAUUUUAGCAGAAACCAGACCGAAGAAUGAGAGGGAUAACAAAAACCAGACACAGACUCUAAACAUUGGAAAUUUAUUGAAAAUUUGUUUUAAUUUUCAAUCUAAAAAUUUAAGAAAGCUGAAUUUAAUUAUUUAUUUCUGCCAAAGUCUCGAAAAAAAGGCGAUUUCUAUUACUGGUUCCAGUGCUUUUUAUUGUUCAUCGUCCUCUUCUUGUUCUUCAGUUAGGCUCUGCUAGAAUAGUCGGCAGAUAAGAGCUCAUCGCACCAUGAUUGCACGGACCCUGUCCCUGUCCACCCACUGAUUUCGUGUAUCCUUUAGUCUGUACGUAUUGAAAACAGUAGCCUAAUUCAUGCAAACUUUGCUCGCGAAGCCCCGCGCCUUGCCCUCGCCCUGGGGAACGUAAACGAAACCAAGGAAUCAGGGGAUGCCUGUGGCGUGCCCCGGGGGAGGGCGGGGGGCGCCUGCGCCUCGUCCUGCUGGCCGGAAGUGAGUCAAAAGGAACCGGAAGUUGACAGGAAGUGAGCCGGAAGUGGUUCGGAUUGAGCCGGAAGUGCAAGGGAGUGCGCCGGAAGUGGUUCCGAUUGAGCCGGAAAUGAGCAGGAAGUGGGCCGGAAGUGGGCCUCGCGGGCCGUAGAGUAGACUCGGCGGCAGCGAGUCGCAGCCAGACGGCGCGGGGGCGGCGGGGGCGGCCGGGCAGGGCCAGCCCCCAGCACUCGCCUCGCUGUCGCCCUCAUUCUGUUUUCUUUUUCUGACCGGAAGUGAAAUUCGGAGUUCAGGCCUUUUUUCUUUCCCCUUGUAGUUUCAUACAUUUCAUCUUCACAGAAUAGAAAUCAAGGCAUUUGUGGCGUCCGCGGCGGCGAAGUUAGCCCCCUGCGGCACUGUAUCAUAAGCAAAGGGUAGGGGGGCUUUGUGUUUUGCUGCCGGGGGAACGCAAAGCGGCGCAAAGCCCUGAUUUUUCGUACUUGCAGUCGUGACUCUUCUAUCGAGACUCAUUCUUCUUCAUUCAGGUAGAAACGGACCGGGGGAAAUGAUGUCAUGGAGCAUGCGAGGAAGCGCCUCAAAAUCGAUUUGGUUUUUUUCUUUCUUUUCUCUGGCGCGUGUGCGUGAGGCAAAGCGCGGCAAAACAAGCAAGACGAGGCAAGGCCGAGUAGGAGGCAAGAAGGGGUUUCUAAGCUGGCUGGGAGUGCUGCGAGUGCUGGGCGGGAGUGGAGAGUGGGAUACACCAUGCAUGGCAACCACGCGGACUGCGCGAGUGCGUUCGCGCCAGAUGCUAAUGGACUUACUUCGUGCGCGUUUCCCCAAAAGUUUGUUUUUCUGAAUCGAUGAGGGAAUUCGCACGAAAAAAGCUCAUUUCCGUUUGGUGAGUUUAGCGCCGAACGCGCACUGCGGCACCGCCCCCUCGGUAGUGUAAGUAAGUGUGUUUCGUUGAAGUUUUCUUUUUGUUUCGCGUUAUCGGGUUUCGUCCCAGACGAACCCUUGUGGAAACACCCUGGAAAGUUGAAAUCGUGUAAUCGCGUAGUCGUAUUGGUGCAAGCCAAUUAGCUAGCAGUAAGGACACUUUUAUUUGCCGUACUUUUAGUUGAGCGUUCUAUCGGUGCGCGGCCGGAGUGUGGCAAGCCUAGCCGGCGCGGCGCCAGGGCUGCUGGUUGUGAAGCUUCGCGAAAGCAGCCCGCAGCCCUGCGCCAUGCCACGCCUGCUCCCGUGCCCGACGCAUUCGUCUGCGAAUCGUGACCGGAACGUACCAUGUGCAUUAUCUGAGAGUGCAUUGUCUGCGCAGUGCCUCACAGUACAUGUGCGUUACUUAGCAUUAGCAAGGGCUCUGUAAGCUCGAGUAAGGUUCUUUUUGGUUUCCCUUUAUCGUUGUGUUGGUCGUUCUCUGCAACGGUGUCUCACCACCUUGCGCGGUGCACAUACUCAUCUAAACUGUAUUUAUCUAGGUAAGGUACUAUAAGGUUCGUUUUCUUUUAUUUUCGCACUGAGGUGGACGCCUUCUCGGCUGACGCCAAAGUGCGCGUGGACCCCAAAGAAAGUGCCGACAUUGAGUGAUCAUCUGACAGAACAACGUAUCUUCAUAGGGAAUCCCAUUGUAGGUACGCUGUUAUGUACGAAUGUCACACAAUUAGUGUACAUAGUUAGGUUCAAUUUGGACGGCCUAGCCGCCAACCCUUAGACUAGUCCUCGGCCACGCGCCGCUGGUGCGUGGCGAGGUGGUCCACGACGCAGCAAAGCCACUCAAAUAUGAAGUAAUCAUCUGUAAAUAAAUAGGAAUGUAAGGUUUUUCUUGAUUUGGCCGGCGUCGACUCCAGGUCCGCCGGCCGCCUUUUCGUUCUCGUUCUCUCAGGGAGUCUCGUCGUCGACGGACCCUAUCGUCGUCAGGCAGUCGGUUGAUAUAGUUAGGAUUAUCAUACACGUGCCUUUGCGCGUUUGUGUGUGUGUAUGAGAGAGAGAGAGAGAGAGAGAGAGAGAGAGAGAGAGAGAGAGAGAGAGAGAGAGAGAGAGAGCGUGUGGGGGGUGGGGAGUGAGCAGAGGGAGAGGGGAAUGUGUGAGUAUGUGUGCGCGUGUUUUUGUAAAUGUGUCUGGUGUGUAGGGGCCAUUGCGAAUGGAGUCGAAGGAGUCUUAAUUGUGGUCGUUUCGGGACGGAUCCUCUUCGACCCAAACUCACUAUACCACAUCGUGUAUCAGUGCCAUAUUAGCUUAAGUAGAGUACGGGGAGGCGUGGGGGUGAGGUGAACGGAUUUGUAGUGUAGGGCCAACCGCUGAAAUAGUCUUAAGUGUAGGUUAAGUUGUAGUGCAUGAAGAUGCGAUAGAAGUGACGGAUUUUCGUUUCCUUUUUGGUCUUUCGUUUCUCGUUCUCUUUGAAAAAUGGACACAGUGCCGCUGAAACUAGAAGGACCGCGAGAGCAGAAGCAAAGAUUUCUCUCUCACGCUAACCGUAAGUUACUUUAAUACUAGUGUAGAGGUUUCGUUCCGUUUUCGAGUUUCUUUCCCCAUUUUGAGGUGAGUGCCUGCUCGACGGGCCGAACCAUACGCUCCAACCCAUCGUACAUAGACUAGACUGUUCACUAAAUUUAAUUCUAAGCUGUAAAUAUUGUAGACAUGUGUUCCUCAACUCCUCUACCUCCGCGGUUGCGUUGACAUGACAAUACGUGUGUACCCGCCUCUAAAUGUAAGUUGCCUCUGUGCGUUGAGUUUCGUGGCAAGGCCCCGUGGAGGGUCCUUGGGAGUUGUUGAUAGUGUCCGAGCGGGUAUGAGGUCUUGGUUGCUGCGUGUCUCCACUGCAAGGGUCGCCACGGUUCUCUUCUCGAUAUUAGCUUCAGGUUCUGCUAGAAGUGUCUAAAUCAACCAGUAAAUUUCUGGCGUCAUGGAAUUUUGUUCUUCCUAAACCUAAAAACACAUUCAAAAUCUACAAUUCCUGUUUCUGGAUAAACAUGAGAUUCUCCGACCAUGCAGUGACGUUGGUGCGCAGCAAGCCACUUUUCUGUAGACUUGUAAAUACGUAGUUCCAGUUUCGUUUCACCGUGUUUGACCUUUAGUUCGCGUUCUCACCACCGCGGUUCCGCGCGGUUCCACGCCAGUCGUGAUCCAUCGUAUUAAUUACGAGUCCCAUUCGUGGUCUACUGCUUUGUCUCCGUGCAGAUUGCUGACGCAGCGCGCGGGGAAGGACCAUGCUUUCUCAAUUUUAGACUAGGAGUGACUGUGUGCGAGAGAGUGAGAGUAAUUCUUUUGACGGUCUGAGGGUGUUUAUAAAGUAGGCGGUAGGCGAAAGCAGAGGUCAUUUCAGUUUUUGUCUGUUCUCUCCUGAUUUCCUCCAUUUUGAAGGACGUCGAUCCCGACGACUUCGCGGCCCAAAUGUCUCCAAGUGACUUUUCCUAGUUAGGAUGUACAUAUAUUUCUAAUGUGACUGUCUGUCGGGUCAUGUCUCUCAUCUACCCAAUGAAGUGGACAUCAGUAGCGGCGACGCCUGCCGCACCGGCGGCCCUGCUGCGGUGCGGUGGGGCGGCGCCUAGUCAGAGUGUGAGUGAGUGGGAGUGAAAGGGAAAGGGUGGGAGUGGGUGAGAGUGAAUAGGAGUGAAAAGGAGUGAGUGAGUGGGAAAGGGUGGGAGUAAGUGGGAGUGCGUUUGGGAGUGCGCGAGUUUUGCGCGAGGGGUGUGAGAGUGGAGAGCGUCUGAGAUCGAGUGGGCGAGUGUGAGUGCGAGUGACAGUGCGUAGCGUGCGAGUUGAAUGGGUCGCGGGAGAGUGAGUGAGUGAGUGCAGUUAUUUUUGUAAGUAGAGCUUUAGUAAUUAAUGACGAACUUUACGAGCAAGGCCUUUGAUUUGGGUUUGAGUUGGCGCCCAUGUGACGCAAUUCUAAGCUCAAUCAAGUCUCUCUAGGAUAAUUCUAUAAUUUAGGAGUUCCGCAUUGCGGCAUCGGCAUCGAGACACCAAUUUCUUAGUAGAGUCCGCCUGCCAGAGCCCCCAAGUCGGCGAUGGCACGGAUGUUAGUAGUGUGUGAAUGUGUGAGUGCGUGUCGUGUGUGUGGGGACUUCCCCCUUUACCAUCGCAAGUUGAAAGGCCACUUUCUGGGGGUAGGAACAAUUCCGUGUGUUGGCCAGCCUGUCCAGGGCUUCCUUAGAAUUAGAUUAAACGGGGGUGGGGAUGGGAAUCUAGUGUUGAGAAGGACCAUAAGUUAACGUAAUUCUAAGCCUAAGUUUGUUCUUCCUAAUUUUCCAAUUUUCUCUGCCUAUGAAAAUGGGCAAAUGUGGGCAUAAGUCGGUACCAUUAUUAUGUAAGUUGUACCAUACAGUAUCCAUACAGUAGUUUUACCUCUUUGUUUUAAGUCUUCCAUUGAGCUAACAAUACUGUACAGUUUAUAUAAAGUUAACGAAGGGAGAAGAAUUUGGGGGUGCGGGUGGAUCUGAUGGUGCUUUUACAGGGGAAGUGGGAGGGGUUUGGGAGGGGGUUUAACGGGAACACUCUAUCUCAUUAGCAUAAGCCUAGACUAAGGUCGCAUGACAUCUUAAUUUUCCUUCUUGAUUUAUUUCCCUAUUUUUCAAGGGUAGACACGCGCCCUCUGGGUCAGUCCCCUUUGGUCUCAGGUAAAACACUAAAACUCGUUUUCGUAGCUGUAAAUCUAACUAACGGUAAGGGGCAAGGGACGUUGAGUGGACGAUACAUAGUAAGUUAGCUUUAGAUAACUACUAUUUAUGUUUGUCCUUGUUUUCAUCAUUCUCUAAGGCCCUACGCACCUAAGUGUAAGGCCCCUGGCGUGUGGGUUGCCUAUCUUCUCGGGGCCGCACUACUCAGGACAAGCGAAGGCGCUGGUGGCACCAUGGCAAGUUGUAUAAUGUACAUAGUAGGCUAGAAUAGUUCAGUGUGCGUGUGUGUGUGCGUGUGCGCGCUGCAUGUGUAGUCAAAGGAUUUGCUUCGGUUCUUCUCGCUCUUGGGCUAGUGGUCGUCGUUGGUCAAAAUGUCGCUCUCCAUCAAGACCUUUAAGGGAAUCAAUCGGAGCGGCAUCGCACACUUCGAUGAUGGAGUGCGAUAUUUUGACCUAUGAUGACCAUGAUCCCAAGGCCAGAAAAACUCUAGCAAUAUCCUUUGAUGUGUACGCGCGCAUGUGUGUAUGUGUGAGUGAACUGGCGGUCGCUCACUACCUCCCCGAGUGACCCCAAAGCCAAAUUCUUUCUUUCGAUUUAUUUCUUCUUCUAUUUUCUUCGUUGAAUCUUCAAGCAUUCGGCGCUACGGCGCCGUGCUUGAUGAGUGAAAAAAUACUCACCAAACUAGCUGGACGCGACAGGAAGGCCCCUCUCGGGGCACGGUCGACGGUCUGUAUCUCGUGUACAAACAAGUGUAAAUACUCGUUGUAAGUGUUGUUUUGUUUUUGUUUUACCCGUUAUUCGCGAGGGAACGCUUUGACGGACUCCCCUCAUUUAGCCGCCAGUGAUGAUUAGGUGUAGUAGUGGUUGCCGACGUGUUGGCGCGUCCGGGCUGACGCUGAGGCUAACGCUGAGGCCGACGCAGUGGACGGUGUGCAGUCUGCCUGCACAGGGGGCCCCGGAAGCACGGCCGAGAGGCGGUGUGGACUGUUCCUGGUUUCCGCGCGUUCCCUGUCGCAGCCGCACACUGUUUCCGGAAGUAGAUCUGUACAUAGGGAGGAGUGGGGCGUUACCGCAGUGCGCGUAUUCCAGGGCGCGCUUUCCCUCCGCUCUCCUGGAGAAUGUCAAAAUCAAGGUCGUCAGAAACGAUGAUUGUGACGUGCGGAAACGCUUCGUGCGAAGUUUCCCUACUGUUUGACGUGUCACGUCGCGGCGUUUUCGCGCCUUUGGUUUUGCCAUCUUCAUUGCGUGGUUGCCAUGGUGGGGGGGGGGGGGAAUGGGAGACACCCAAGCAGGAUGAAUGUGGCCGCGGGUCGAAAAACCUGUGGAAAGGAGUUCUUGUCUUGCCUUGCCUUCUUGAUUGCCUCGCGCCACUGGCCCAUUAUGCGCUCCAUUCAGUUCUAUUAAAAGUAGUGAAACUUGGACCGAGAUUUUACUGCCUUGUUUUUCUUUGCAUUGUUUGAGGAUUGCUAUUUGACACCCGCUGGAGGAAUCUGUCAGACCCAUUGACAUUAAUGUACACGGACCAAGAACGUGAGAAUUUCUGAAAUUCCUCCACUUUUUUACUCUGAAACAAAAUACUGUUUGAUUAUUUCUGUUUUUGUUUGCGUUCCUACUUUGGUCAAUAAGUGGUUUGCCUGGUGUUGCAUCGGUUGUUUUCAUCUCAUCUACCUGAAUGUUUCAAUAAAUUUUUUAUGGUGACAAACCUCCGGA